CAAACAUUCAACGCGUACCAAUACAUUUGUGAGUCACUGUAUGCUUUAGAGAACAUUGUGCUGCGCGCUUGUCUGGAAUGUCUGGAUUUCUGCUGCUGUUGCGCCCCCCACCCAUCUUCCCCACACCCCCUUGCGCAGACAGCGCACACAUCUGGCCUGGGCAUGCGCUUCGACAGACGUUUGGCUGCUUUCAAUGCGCGCCAUUCAUUCAGUUUUUCCUCGGUCUCCGUUGAACGCGUGCAUAACGCCUGCGCAAAAGGGAGUCGCCGCUAACAAAAAAAAAAAUGUUGCAAAAUUAAAAAAAGAGUACAAAGAAGAAAAAAAAAAAAACGCCAACAGCUGCAGUUCAAGCUUCAAUUACAACAGCAACAACAACAAAAAGUUUUGACUAUUUUCAUACGUACGCUUUUGGGCUUAAGUGCGUGUGAGUGUGUGCGUGAGUGUAUGUGUGAGUGUGUGUAUGUGUGAGUGUGUGUAUGUGUGAGUGUGUGGUGGGGUGAAUGAAUAACAUAAAGCAGAGAACGGCAAGAAAGCAUAUAAAAUAAACAAUACCAUUUCGGGCUGGUCAGCUGAAAGGAAGUCGCCCAGUUGGUGGCGGGGGUGGGUGUUGGGGUUGGGUGUGUACGCACAGCCAAGUGCUCGAUAGGCGCACACCCACAGAGACAAUUAUGUGUGCGGCCAGUGCGGACGCGUUCUGACAACGGUUUUUUCCGAAUACAUUUUCCUAACUGCCACACAAGAAGAAGAAGAAGAAGAAGAGAACUUCUCAUCAAAUACGCAUCAUGUGCUACGUAAUUAUCACAAGUGUGAGUCUAGUCUGGUUUCUGUGCACCCUGGUCGCCGACAUGCUGGUCGCUGUCGCUCUGGUCACGCCCAAAUGGCUAAUUGGACCUGGCCAGCUUGGCAAUUGGAGCCAGGCCACGCCCAUUGCUGCUGGUGCUGCUGCUGCUGGCCAGCGUCUCGCCUCCGUGGGCAUCUAUACGCGCUGCAAGCAAAUGCAGCAGCUGGGCUAUCAUUGUGGACGCUUCGAUCUGGAUGGCUUUGCCACCGAUGGCAGCGUCUAUCCGUUGGAAUGGAAGGCGGCCAUGUUCUUUAUGUCGCUGGGCCUGGUGCUGCUCUCGCUGACGGUGGUUGCCACGCUGCUCACCUGUUGCCGCCAGUCGGCCUGCGGCAAGAGCAUACACAAUAUGACCGCCUGUGCUCAGGUGCUGGCAGGCAUUGCCGUUAUGCUGGCCUUGUUUCUGCAUCCGCUGGGCUGGCGUGCGCCGCGCGUUCAACGUUUGUGUGGCCCGGAGGCGGAACCCUUUUAUCCGGCCGACUGCAGCAUAGGCAUCUCGUUUUACUGCGGCCUGGUGGGCAUACUCCUGACGUUCGCUGCCGCCGGCAUCAGUCUCAAGGCAGAGUCCUCCAAUAUGCGCACCCGUGUGCGCCGGCGCGUCGAGUCCGGCAGCAAGCUCGUCUGCAUUCCAUAGGAAUCUCUAUAGCUAACAAAAUUGGGCGUUUUCAACUUAAUUUAAUUUCGAAUUUAAUUUGUUAACAUUAGCAUAAAUAAACAACUAAAAUUUCUACAAACAGCUGCCAACUCCAUCUGCAGCUGGAACAGCCAGACUUUAACUAGCGCUCACUUGCGCCUGCCCUUGCCUUUGCCUGGCGGUUUACCCUCCACUUCCGGCUUGGCCUUGGGUAUGUACACGCCGUGAUUGGUCUUCUUCAGAUGCGCAAACAGUUUGUUCUUGGAGUCAAACACCAGCUUGCACGUGACGCACGUGUGCUGAACGACGGCUGGCGUAUCCGUGUCCAUGUCGCCUCUGGGGAGCGCCGACUUGGACGUCGGCUUUGUUUCAGCUGGCGCUUCGGUUUUUUGCUUGCUGUUGCUUGUUGUUGACUUUUUGCUCUUAGUCUUUUUGGCUGACUUUUUGCUGCGACUCCAAUCGUCGUCGUCGUCGUCAUCGCUGUUGCUCGGCGCCGCAGUGAAAUCUACAGGUGGCACAACCUCCUCCUCCUCGUCGUCGUCGUCAUGCCCGCUUGCUACGCACGCCUUGUUUGCGGCUUUUUUUGAUUUUUUGUUUUUCUUGUUGCGCUUGCUGCUCGUUUGCAGCUCGACAGCCCC